AGAAACUUCACACAGAGGGUCAAGGUCGGAGUUGUAUGAGAAGAACAUGUUCAGCCCGUGAUAUUUUGUACAUUUCUACGUACAUCUUUUGAUCAGUAGAUUAAGCUGGAAAAUUACAGUAGUGGACUGUGGAGUGUAGACAAACUAAAUAGUGCACGGGAAUAUCAAAAACCAGCAGGACAAUGUCCACUCCUAAGAAGCUCCGCCUGAUCACUUACCUGUCCCCGGGGAUCCCCAUUGAGGUGUUUGAGCUCCUCCUGCACUACCUGGAGGAGGUGACAGGGCUGGAGGGGUACCUGAUGACUGAGUCUCGCUGGCAAGGUCCGCCCCCUGACAGGAGGGACCCCUUCACAGAGGACGACGCCGAUAUCGGAUUUAUGAGCAGUUCAGCCUACUUGCGUUUGAAACAAGAAGGGAACAAAUAUCUAGAACUGUGUUCCGCAGCUCCUGUACACCCACACACUAAGGGAGGUAAUGAGCCAGUGUACUACUCUGAUGUGGUGGUCAGUGGUAGUAAAAAGGCAAGUUACACCACAUUUGUGGACCUAAAAGGACAGACCUUUGCUUUCAAUGAUCCAGUCUCAUUGAGUGGAAGUCUGAUAGUUCUAGGCAAUCUCAAAAAAAUGGGCUACAAUUCCAAUUUCUUUGGCAACAUGCUGCAUUCAGGUUCCCAUUUGAACUCCAUACGGAUGAUACUCGACAGUAAGGCGGAUGUGGCAGCCGUUGACUCUAAUGUUCUGCAGUAUUAUCUCAAACAAAAUCCACAAAACAGUGAAAACUUGUCAGUCUUAACUUCAUUUGGACCAUUGCCAGUUUAUCCUAUCAUCUUCAAUUCGCGACUUAGCAUGGACUUCAAGAAGCAGAUAUCAGAUGCCUUGCUGAGAAUGCAUAAGUUACCCGAGUGGCGAUCCCAGAUGAACGAAUGCAACAUUCAGAACUUUGCGGAGAUGGACGAAUCUUUAUAUAACCUUGAAACUGGACUCAUGGAUGUUGUCAAGGGGCUUAGCUUAUCUAAUGUCUACUAUUGACCAUAACAACAUUUUUAUUUGCUGAAGUCUGCUUUCAAAACAAAUUCUCUGUUCAUUAUGAUGGUCAGAUUUGAAGUUUGAAAUUGGCUACUAAAAGUACCAAAGAAUUGAACUCAUGAAAAGAACUGUCAAAAAAUAAUCAGGUUGUAAAUGGGACAAAUUUUUAUUUACACACCUACAUUUUUACCUCUUUUUAUUAUGCAUUUGAUGCAGAUAUUUAUAAAAGCCACCAAUAAUAUUUUUGUGCCAUUUAUUUUUAUGGGGGGAUAGUGGGCAAAUAGCAAUAUUUCAUCAUCCUGUAUAACCGCAUGAAAUAUCAAUGAUAGUUAUAUGUCAUGAUAAGUAUAUUUUUGCAGUUGCAAUUGUAAACUCUACAUACAUGUAUAUUUAUAAAAGGUUGUUUUUACACAUUCCUGAUAUUGUUGAUUCAGGUGGCAUUAAUAAUAAAAUAUAAACUUUUAA